CGAGUAUCGUCUGCAGAAAUAUGCCACCAUACAAAAUAGAUUAACUUUGUCUGACUCUUGUGUGUUUUACCACAUGUUUGCAACUAUAAAUCAUUUGUAUGGUAUAGGUUUGUUUAUGUCUCCGCAAGGGUUCUGUACUAUCGUUUACAAAAUGCAAAACAAAAAACAAAAAUACUGCGCAGAAUUCUUAAAAACAUAAAAACUACAUCUAAAGCAAAUAGCUGAGAUAAUAAUGAAGUUUCCUAUUGACUGUCUGAUAAAUUUGUUAUGUAGCAACCACGUAACGACUGAUAAGACCAGGUAGUGUUUGUGCAAUAUUUGUUUUCUGCUCGUAGAUAAGAGGACAGGAAGUUGAGAGUUGCACACAGCUAUUCGGACUUUGAAUGAGACACAUGCAUUAGGCUUUAUCAAACCUAUCUCAUUCAGUAUGGCAAUUACGUGUAACACUUGUUACGAUGUGGUUGAGAAGAAAAUUGGGUCUGUCUUUUUCGCAUACGGAAAAUUCGUCGCUAGGCAUCCGUGGAAAAUUAUUGUCAUAGCAAUUCUUAUAAAUGGUCUUUUAGGUAUAGGUAUGCUACGACUUAACGUUUUGAUUGAAGUUGAAAAAGUGUAUACUCCUAUAAACAGCCAAGCCGGUAAAGAUAGCGAUAAACUGAAAGACAUUUUUCCAGAUAUGAGUGGAUCUAACUUCAUUAAUUAUCAAAUGCCAGAUCUGGGACGAAAUGGCGAGGUUAUUGUUAAGCCGAAAGGUGGAAAUAUAUUAGAUGGUACAUUUCUUACAAAACUCAGCUCCCUUUAUAACAAUCUUUUGUCAAUUAAUACCACAGACGGUAAUGGGAAGACAGUGACUCUAAAUGAUAUAUGUGCUAGAAGCUUUGGAAACUGUGCGAUCGACGGAGAUAUAUUUGUAGAUCCGCAGUUCGUUAAUGAUGUCAACACUAACACACAAAUAAAGUUUCCAUAUUAUACCCAUGCAACUAGAGGUCCCGUCUACUACGAGCAGAUAGUUGGCGGAGCUGAUGUGAAUUCAGGUGUUCUUCAAUCGGCUACGAUGUUACUUCUCCGAGUUAACUUGAGAACGGAUUCCUCAUAUUUCAUCGACUCCGCUAAAAACUGGCAAGAAUCUUUCCUGAAGGCGAUGAAAGAUUUUUCCUCGGACGAUUUUGAGAUUACCUACUCUCACUCAGACUCACUAAGUGAAGAAUUAAAUGAUAACGUUAACGGUGAUAUAACAUUUUUUUCUAUAACUUUCACGAUAAUGAUAACUUAUGCUUGUAUAGCAACCAUGACCGCACGAUGCGAUGUUGUUGGGCAAAGAUCAAACCUAGGUUUUGCGGGAGUGGUUGCAGCUGGACUUGCAAUAUUAGCGUCAUUUGGACUAGUAAGUGCAUGCGGUGUUGAAUUUGUCAGCAUUGUUGGUGCAAUGCCAUUUUUAAUCAUAGGUAUCGGAGUGGAUGACAUGUUUAUGCUCAUGUCAGGAAUUACAAACGCAGAUUACGAACUCGACGUUGAGGCUCGGAUUGGAGAGACGAUGAAAACCAGCGGCGUAUCCAUUACAAUUACAUCUCUCACAGACCUGUUAGCCUUUGCUGCUGGCGCUUCUUCAAUUUUCCUCAGUGUGCGAAAUUUUUGUAUUUAUAGCGGUAUAGCAGUGAUUUUCUGCUACAUAAACCAAGCAACAAUUUUCGUCUCAAGUAUAGCCAUUAACGAGAAGAGGAUGGAAGAAAAUCGUCAUUUCGCGACAUGCUUCAAAAUGAGCGAACCUAAAGAGGAAACAAUUACAAAGUCUACUUGUUCCAUUGUGUGUUCCACGGGUAGAAGACCUAAAAAUCAAAGUGAAUCUGAAAGUUACCUCGACAAGAUUCCAAGAUGGCUUAUUCCAAAAUUGACAAUGCCAAUCCCAGCAAAAAUUUUCAUAUUAGUUAGCUUUGCAGCCUACCUUUCAAUCUCCAUUUGGGGUGUAACUCGCAUGGAAGAAGGUCUUGAUUUAAAACAUCUUGUCGAAGAAUCAUCAUAUUACUACAAGUUUAGACAAGAUCUAGAUUCUAAUUUUCCACUCGGAACAUCUGUCUCCCUUAUAUUUGACGAUGCUCUAGUAUACUCAGAUACUGCAACUCAAAAUAAGCUCGAUGAGCUUCUUAAGUCAUUAAAAGCAGAAGAUACCGUUCAGGAUAAUUUUGAAAUAAACUGGCUCUCAUCAUAUAAGAUGGACUCAAAUUAUGAUACUUCAACGGAGCAAAAUUUUAUCGCAGGAUUGCAAACGUUUCUUGGCAUUGUUAGUAAUACCCGCUUCCAAAAUGACGUUAUUAUCGACAGCAGUAACAAGAGUAUCACAGCUUCGAGAAUCCAUGUAAUGUCUGAAAGUAUUACUCAGUCCCAAGAACAAGGAAAAUUUAUGUUAAAAAUGAGAGAGAUAGUUUCCGAUAGUUCCUUGCCUGUGUUUGCAUUUUCUCCGGCUUUCCUUUUCUACGAACAGUAUGUAGCAAUAUUAUCCCAGACUCUCCAAACGCUUGGAAUAGCUGUAGCAAUGGUCUUCUUUGUAACGUGUAUAUUUAUGCCACAUCCUCUCCUUCUUCUUUACGUUACAGUCACUGUUGCUAUGAUUACAGUUGGAAUAUUUGGUUUUCUUCCAUUUCUCGAUCUUACCCUAAGUGCUAUUACAAUGAUUCAUAUUAUUAUGAGCAUUGGAUUCUCCGUCGAUUUUGCGGUACAUAUUUGCCAUGGUUAUAUGAUUUCAAGUGGUCAAAACAGAAAUGAUCGGAUGACUGCUGGAAUAAUUAGAUCAGGGGCUCCAAUAUUUCAUGGGGCUAUUUCUUCCAUAUUAGGAGUAAUCAUGCUUGCAGCAGCCAAAUCUUUCAUCUUCUUUUCCUUUUUCCAAGUAAUGAGCCUUGUUAUUACAUUUGGAAUUCUCCAUGCACUUUUCUUACUUCCGGUUAUUCUUUCCCUUAUUGGUCCAUCCAUUUCUAAGACGGGGUCUAUGGUUGAUGUUAAGGUAGAUGAAAUAAAUAUGGAUACUCCGAAAAGUAACGUAUUCUGAAAUAAAAGUGAUCAAAACGCAUUCAACGUCCGUUAGCUGAGGCAGUAUAUGCGGUGAAGAAGAACACUAAAAUAUUUAUUUUUCAGAUACACACUGUUCGCCAUACAUGGAUUUACAAGCUGCUAAUCUGUGAUUUAUGACGAAAUUAGAUUUAACCUGUACGAAAAAAGAACAUGUUUUACAGCUGUAAAAUGUCUGUAAAAGACCUGUAUUUUGAAAUUACAACUGUAAAAGACCUGUAAGUGGAAAAAUGAUCAGAAAUACAGUUGAAAUUUUCAGGUGUUAAAUAUGAAGGUCUCAAUUUACAGCUUUAAAAAAUUUACUGUUGAAAGUUACAGCUGUAAAAUGGUCAUGUCUCAAAAUUACAGCUGUAACAUUUUUGGAGGGAAACAUGAGUAUUGUCAGCCAUCUUUAAUGCAUUCUGGCGGGAUAUAACUGAAAUUCACACAGACAUCACAUCUUGUAAAAUUUUGGAAUUUAAAGCGGUAUAGAGUAAGUACAGAUGUUCAAUUAUCUUUUAUAGUUGUAAAAGGACAUGUAUAAGUACAUACAUUAACUAUUUACUCUAUACUGGAAGCCGAUAAGUUUUAAAACAAUAAUAACAAGAUUGUCAUAUGUUUUCAUGACUGACAAAGAAAGUUUUAUAAACAAGGUCUGCAUAUGUAACCUACUUUGUAUCCUACUCUUGAAUUUUACUGUUGCUAAACUGUAAUCAUACCGCAUAUACUUUACGUACUAGAUCAUUUAU